AUGGAUCCAAUUGCCAACGGUCCCCUCAACGGAUCCUUCAAUGGACCACUGCCAGCCAACAUUGUCCAGCUGCGGAAACACUUUGAGCGUCUCCACGCCACAGGCGGCGAUGCUGCCGUGCGACCGACUCUCUGCGGCGCUUUGAAAUAUGCCAGCCCGUCCCAGGCGAGCACGUCGAGCUCCCCAGUCCCGCCGCCGGCGCCGACGCCGGCUCCACGAUCUGAGAAGCACAGUGAUCCCGCCACCAGGCAGUAUUUUGACCAUUCGAUGGGCACACGUAUCAACACGGAUGCCCUCAUCACCCGCUCGCUGUCUGAUGAGUACCCCAACCUUUCGGUCACGGUGGUGCCCGCGUCCAUGCUCACAGGCGAUGCCUUUGACCUCCUUUCGUUCGCUGCCCAGGGCAACGCAUCAGUCAUCCCACUUGAGGACAACAGCUCCCUGCCCGAUUCGCUCGAAUGGACAUUUUAUGUGCCCCCCUUUCGCCGGUUGAAUGGCUCGGUCGGCUUCAUCGCCGAACAAAUGCUGUACGGCCGCUUCCUUUACAAAUGGGAGGGCCAUGAAUUUAUCAUCUACUUCGUCGACGGUCGUGACGGCACCGACCCAUGGGGCGCCUCUCGAAACUGGUACAUCCUGACGCCCCAGCGUCACAACGCCGAUGCCCUCGUCAGGACCGUCAGCGCCUGGUGCUCCGAGGUGCGCAACGAGAUCCUCGUCUACGACGGCGGCUGGUGGCAGAGGUCCGCCGAGCUGUGGGACAGCGUGCAGUCGGCCAAGUGGGAAAACGUCAUUCUCGACGAGAGCAUGAAAGAGGCCCUCAUCAACGACCACCUCUCCUUCUUCAACAGCCACGACACGUACGAGAAGCUGCGCGUCCCCUGGAAGCGCGGCAUCAUCUACCACGGCCCGCCCGGCAACGGCAAGACCAUCACCAUCAAGGCCACGAUGCGCAUGCUGCAGUCCCUGUACCCCUACGUCCCGACCCUCUACGUCCGCAGCCUCGACUCGUGGAGCGGGCCGUCGGCCGCCAUCUCGCAGAUCUUCAACAAGGCCCGCGAAUUUGCGCCCUGCUACCUCGUCCUCGAGGACAUUGACACCAUCAUCACCGACGACGUGCGCAGCUACUUCCUGAACGAGGUCGAUGGGCUCAAGUCCAACGACGGCAUCUUUAUCAUUGCCAGCACGAACCACCUCGACCGCCUCGACCCGGGCAUUGCUAAACGCCCCUCCCGCUUCGACAGGAAGUACCUUUUCCCGGACCCCAACGUCGACCAGCGUGAAGCCUACUGCCGCUUCUGGCAGGCCAAGCUCAAGAGCAACAAGGAGAUUGAGUUCCCGGACCGCCUGUGCCGCGCCAUUGCCGAGAUCACGGACAAGUUCAGCUUUGCGUACAUCCAGGAGGCGUUUGUCGCGGCGCUGCUGGCGCUGGCGCGGAGGGGCAGCGGGGCCGGCGAGAGGCGGACGAGCGGGGGCAUCGGCUGAUGCGUGGAUCGUGGUGAGUGAUGACGCGGGCGACGGGCUCGACAAGUUGGUGCUCUGGGUCGAGAUCCAGAAGCAGAUUGAGAUUCU